AUGGCCAGUUUAACAGUGUUGUUGCGUCAUUCUGGCAAGUGGAACGAUGAGGGCAAUUACGUCGAUUUUUCAAUUGAGGGAAUACUGAUAAAGGAGUAUGCGUCGUACAAUGAUUUGGUUGCUUCAAUUUCUAAUCAUCUGGGCAUAGAUUUGAGCUCAAAUUCCAUUAGAAUUCAAUACAAAGUAGAAGGAAAUUGCACGCCAAUAGAAAUACACAAUGAUAUGGGUUACAGGGUGUAUGUAGAGUUGAAAAAAGAGAACAGAGAAUUCGGGAUGUAUCCUUUGUGCAUAACAACUAUUGAAAAAGAACUUGUAUCCGGAGGUAGUUUAAAUCAAGGCGACAUUGUGCAAAUAGGCGAAGCAGUUCAAAGGUAUGAUUCCGAUACAGAUGAUACACUGGCUCUAGGUUUUGUCAAUUCAGGAGAAGCAAUUGGGGUGUUCAAACUGGACAAGGAUUUGAUAAUUUCAAAAACUAAUCAAAGGGAGGUUGUGGCUGGACAAAUGUAUAAGGAUAAGGCUACAUUGAAAGAGGUGAUGGAGAAUUAUGUUAUAUCUCAAAGGUUUCAAUUCCGGGUUAAUAGGUCUAAUGCUGUCAGCUAUGCGAUACUAUGUCUUUCAGAAGAUUGUGAAUGGAGGUUUAAGGACAAGGUGUAUGAGCAGCGGCAGGCAAGUAGCAGCCUUAUAGGUGGUAUGGUUAGGCCUAAGCUUACUAAUCAUAAGAGGAAAUACACCCCAAAGGAUAUUAUUGAUGAUGUGAAAACAGAUUUAGGUGUAGAUGUUAGCUACAUGUUGGCGUGGAGGGCUAAAGAAAAGGCAAUGAAUUUUUUGAGAGGUGAACCGGCUGAUUCAUACAAAAAAUUACCAGGAUACUUAUAUACAAUGGAUAUGACAUAUCCAGGUUCCCACAUCAGAAUGGUAAAAUCACCCAAAAAGGACUUCAUGUACGUGUAUAUAUCUUUGUAUGCCUUUAUAAAGGGGUUUGAUCAUUGUAGACCCAUUGUUGUUGUGGAUGGAAGUCACCUAAAAUCUUACUACACCGGGACAUUCGUUUCGGCAAGCACGUUGGAUGGUGCAGGUCAUAUAUUGCCACUAGCAUAUGGUGUUAUUGAUUCAGAAAACGAUGCUGCUUGGACGUGGUUCUUUGAGCAAUUCAAGAUAGCAUACGGUUACAGGGAAAACAUGUGCAUCGUUUCAGAUAGAAAUGAGAGUAUCAUUAAAUCUGUAUCGAAAGUGUAUCCAGAUGGACCGCAUUUUGCUUGUAUAUGGCAUCUAUGGAACAACGUAUAUAAGAAAUUCAAAAAGAGCCAUGCCAAGUUGAGCGAGAUAUACUUCUCGAUGGCAAAAGCAUACACACAAGCUGAAUUUAACAGUCUGAUGGAGAAGGUGGAGAAGGUAGAUAUUAGGGUGAAAGAAUACUUAGAGUUAGCUGGAUACGAAAAGUGGGCUAGGUUACGUGUGCAUAAUUUUACAUAA